GUCUCUUCUGUUGUGUGUCCGUAUGCAACUUGUGUUCAUCUUCAGCGUGCAAUAUAUCCAUGUUACAACGUCUGUUCCAGAAGCACCUUCCAACUGGUUUCAGCACACUGGCUCCUCCCGCUGGGCAUUCCACGUGCAGAUAGGAUUCUCAGUUCUUGUUCCCCGCGGUAAGAGUUCGGAUCAAUGGACAGCCUCCAGGAUCGAGCUGGCACGCCAUGCACUUCAUCCACUCUCUUUCAAGACAUCCAAUCAGAAAUUCUCCAAAAAAGAAAAUCCAUGGAUGGUGGCGCUUCCCCAGAUAUUCCUGACAUUUGGCACAUGGCUGCCGCCGGGUGUGCCAGAUGCAUCGCCAACUGCCAAGCACCCCGCAACCGGUCUGUGCUGGUAGAUACCCGACGCCUUUCAAAGAUUGCCAUUUCCUGCGGAAAUUGGAUUCUCCGACUGCGGAGCUGGUGUACAGCGAUUCAGGUUGUUGUUGACAUUACGAGAAGACUUCGGGCAGAGCCUCACAGGGGUAGGCUUGGCCAUCUGGUGGCGUUCUGUAAUGCACAACAUCCCUGGGUGCAGAAGCUCAGAGGGCCCUUGUCGACGACGACCUCCCUAAACUUCCCAGAUUCGAGGCCGGCUUCGGCGUUCCCGCUGGUUGUCUUUUCUGACGGGAAGCUGGACGAAAUCAUCAGUUGGUUCAACCAAUCUCUUACGUAUUCGAGGGGCCAUUGCCGGCAUAAGCCGCACACUCUGGCAUAUGCAGACGAUGAGGUUUAUCUGAGAUUUAUCUAA